GGGAGAUGGAAGCAGAAAGGGAGCGGGAAAAGAUGGAGAGGGAGGGAGAGAUGGAGAGAGAAAGCAUGGCAAAGGAUACAGAGGUGGAGGUAGAAGAAGAAAGAGCACAGAGGGAGAGACAGGGAGGAAGACAAACUGAGGUGGAGAAAGAGCAGCAGAUGGAGUUGGAGAGAAAGAAUGAGGUGGGGAGUGAGAGAGAGGAUCCGAAGGAUCUGCUUCCAUCCACGCUCCCAAAACCUGACCCCCAGGGGGAAGAUGGAAAGGGCACGGAGCACGAGGAGGUUAAAUUUGAUGAUUUCUCUGUGAAGCCUGGAACAUGGGGACGGUGGGGGAAAGUGUCAUGGUCGCAGGGGACUUCUGCAGCAGAGUCUGGCAGCUCCCUGAGUCCAGACACCCCAGGCAGUGAGGGCAAAAAGGAGGAGGGUAAGACAGAGGUGGAAGAGACCGAGGAGAGGAGAGAGGAGGCAGUGGAGACUCCUGGUGGUGGCUGCUUGCCAUGUGGGGGCCAGGAUUCUGAGCAGACCCAGGUCAGCGAUCCCAGCAGUGCCCAGCUGAAACUGACCCCCCCAUCAGAGGCAGCCCAAGGUGAGACACCCUCUGAGCCCAGCCUGAGACAGGAAGAGGGACCGAGUGAACCAUCGCGGAGCCCUGCCCAAGAUGACCCCCAGCAGCAGAACUUGGAGUCUGGAGAGGGAGGAUUCACCAUUCAGACAGAGUCAAAGAGCCACUGCAGCUGGGAGGGGGAAGAGGAAGGGCAAGACGAGCUGGCCCAGGAGACGCAGAGCCAUAAUGGGAUAUGUGACACAGAAGUGCAAGCUGAUAACAGCUUGACUCCCAUCACCCCGGAUCCAGAGGACACCCUCAACGCAUCACCUACAGAUUCCACACCACCUCAGACAACAGAGGAACCCGCCACACCCAGUGACCUCGAUGCUCCUGACACCCUCGACUCUACCCUCUGUCUGGAGCCUGAGCCCCUCCCCUUUCCUGAGGUCUCCACCUCGCUGCUGGACUCCAGCAUGCAUCUCAGCAGAGCUGAACUUGGUCGAAAGCGAGGCCGGCGGUCGCAGCCUUCGUGGCCUGUCCGUCAGAGCAUUGGGCCUGAUUCAGACCCGGAGGACUGGAGGUUCCGUGACUCCACAGAGGAGAAAUUGGAGUCUGCUGAGCAGCAGGAUUCAGAUAGCGAGGAGAAGCCCAUGGUUACAGACCCCCGUCCACCCUCCUCCCAGCCACAGAGGGUCCCCAUAUUCCCAGGAAUGGACCCUUCCAAACUCAAGGCUGUGCUGCAGAAGCGAGGAGGAGACUCUGACGGACAGGCAGACAGCCCCACCCCCACCCCCUCCCCCUCUCAGUUCUCCCGUUCCCCCAAAUCGCCUUUCCCCCCCGGGGCGCAGCGUGUGCUGCCACCUGCUGCUGGGACAGAGGACAGGCAAGCGUUACCAUGA